AUGCUGCUGUACAGGAUGCGCAGAUGGCCACUCAGUUACAGCGCGAAUGGCCGAAGGCCAGAUGUCGCCUCGGCGUCGCCCUUCUGGGAGCCGGCCGACCGGAGGAUGCGUAUGUUCAGUUUGCCUGGGCACUGGCAUUUGACAGCCACUGUGCUGUGGCUCGACAAGGACUCGAGGCUUGUUUGA